AUGAAUUCCACCGAUGAUGCGCCAUCCGUUGGUGAACAGCUUUUGUCAAACUCUCAGAUGAUCCUGGUAAUUUCGUUUUACGUUGUAAUCUUUAUAGUGGCGCUAUUUGGAAACUCCAUCGGAUUGUACGUGGUCUUCGUCAAAGCAGUUACUAGAAAAUUAACCAAUCUUUUGAUCAAGAACCUGGCAAUCGCUGACUUGUUAGUGACAUUGACUAUCAUGCCAUACUCAGUACUGCACUUGUUUUUCAAGCCAAACCAAUGGUUUGGAGGUCCUGCUGGCACAGUCACGUGCAAAGCAAUUUUCUACGCCUUACCCGUUUCUAUUGCUGCAUCCAUAAUAACAAUGGUGGUUAUUUCUCUUGAAAGAUUUUGCACCAUCUAUUGUCCACUGCGUCAAACCUUGCUCCGAAACGGUAAAACGUUAACAGCAGUAAUCUGGCUCAUUUCUUUGAUUUCUAUGAGUCCUUAUCUGCUCCUCUUCAACGUUGUUCACUAUAGGGGGUUCCAUUUUUGUCUGCCACGUUUGCCAUGGACAGACGACCCUCAAGAGGUAUUGCCAGUCUUGAAGAUAUUCUACAUCAUCUUGUUCGUCCUGUUUUAUGUCCUCCCCCUCCUAGGAAUAUCUUUCCUGAACAUCAUCACUGCUCGACGCUUGUGGUUUCACAAUGCGCGAGGAACCAACUCCAGGACGGCAAGUGA